ACUUUCAAUAUAUUUUUUGUUCAUUCAUAUAAGAAUUAUAUUUUAACAAUUGGUAAGAGUUUUUUACAUGUUUAUUAAAAUUUUCUCAAGUCUUUUUCAAGUUUUAUGAUUUUUACAAUUUAUAUCAAUGAUUUGAUACUGUUACUAUGGCAAAUAUCUAUAUAAAAUUAUGUAUCUAUAAAUAACUUAAGCAAAAUAUCAGUUUAAGUAAAUGUCAUUUAAUCCGAUAAUGAAUCUUUGUUUACAUUUUUUGAUAAUAUUUCCAAAAUCUUUAAAAUAUUUAACAGUUAUAAAGUCAUUCAUAUUUAUAUUUAUCAUUCAAACAAUGAUGUAAUUCAACCCUAAUUCAUGGUCCUUCGAGCCGGAAAUAACAUAAAACUAGAAUUUAAAAUACAUUUUAAUAAAAAACGUGUAGUAUGUUCAUUUAAUUUUAUAUCUACAUUUUCCCUUAUGAAACAGCCUCAAUAUCUUUCCAAUAUGCUACACAGAUGUUAGAUUAGAUUGAAGAUGCGACCAGAAGCUGACCAAUUCAUACAGAAACUUCCAACCUCUUCUACAUGUUAUAUAACUAUCCUAAGCCGUGGUAUGAUCCAUAAAAAAUAGAAUUGGUCCCCAUGAUGGGCGAAAUUUGUUCGUCUAAAUCGGUUGUUAUUGCCUUGCUUCCAUCAUAGAACCAUCUAGAACCAUAAUCGAACCAUUCUUAAUAACUCUUUUUUUUUGUAAUUUCAUAUUUUCUAAACAAUUUUUUGUUAUCAAAUCGCGAUGAUUCGCUUCGGAAUAUCUUCAAGUUUAGUAAGUCAAUUGUACAAUAUUUUUAAUAUAAUACCUAUGAUUGUUUAAUAAUUCAAUUCUGUAUAUGUGACAUACUGUAUAAUAAUUUUUUUAAUAAUAAUUGUUGUAGAAUGUGGGGGUUAAUUUUCUUUUUACUCCUUGCCUUUCCUCCAAAAUUCUCCCGAUUUUUUUUCGACCUGUUGUUUGUGAUAGUUUCUCGUAUAAUUCUUCCGUCUAUUCUUAAUAGCUUCGUCGAUUUCGUUCAUCCAAGACGUUAAAAUUAAUAUCCACAUGUUAAAUUUAAGAAAUCAUUACUUAUAAUCAAAUUUGUGUUAUUUUUUCCAAUUUUAAAUAAUCUUGAUACGUCCCUGGUUAUUAUCGUAAUAUUUCUUACAUUCAUACAUCACCCGUUAACUAUUUAAAUAAAUAUGUUAUUCACGCCCUUCUGCUUUUAUUUCCACAAAAUAUUUAUCCAAAUAUGAAAAACAAAAACUUAUAAAUUCGUUCAUGAGUCAGCCGGUUUUGAGGAAGAAUUUUAUGUUUAUUGUUACUAAUUAUUUAUUGGGUUACCCUUUCCAACAACACGAACGUUGAUGAAGAACCAGCUACGAAUUUUUUUUCGUACCCUGUCGAAAUAAAUUAAUUUAUACUCUUUUAACAAUUAACAUAUUUGAUAAAAAUAUUUAUCAGAAACGGUGGUACCACGUCAACGUUAUCCGGGUAUAAAAUAGUUCCAUUCAGUAUCAUUUCAACAUUUUUUGUGUGUUGUUAGUAGAGAGAACUGUUUGGUAAUUCAGAUUUUAAAAUGGCUCCCAAUGCAGACAAUUUAAGUGCUGUGCUGUACGGCAUCAAAGAUUUAAGACUUGAACAAAGACCUAUACCAGUUCCAUCAGAUAACCAGGUUCUGCUUCAAAUGGAAGUAGUAGGGAUAUGCGGUUCUGAUGUUCACUACUACAUCGGUGGAAGAUGUGGACCAUUUAUAGUUGAAAAGCCCAUGGUUAUAGGUCAUGAAGCUUCUGGAACCGUCGUCAAAACAGGAAAGAACGUCAAGCAUCUCAAGCCAGGUGAUAGAGUUGCUAUUGAACCUGGAGUACCAUGCCGUAGUUGCCAGUAUUGUAAAACUGGUUCUUAUAAUUUGUGUCCUGACGUUUUCUUUUGUGCCACACCUCCAGAUGAUGGUAACCUUUCGAGAUACUACGUCCAUGACGCUGAUUUUUGCUUUAAACUUCCGGAAAAUAUGAGUCUUGAAGAAGGUGCGUUGAUGGAACCCUUAUCGGUAGGAGUCCACGCUUGUAAAAGAGCCGGUAUUGAAUUUGGCGACGUAUGUCUUAUAACCGGAGCUGGACCUAUCGGACUAGUGACUCUUUUAGCGGCUAAAGCAAUGGGUGCUGUAAAAGUUGUCAUUACAGAUGUAAUAAGUAAGAAAUUGGAAGUGGCUAAAGACUUAGGUGCGGAUUAUACCAUCAAAAUAGACAGGAAUAUGAGUGAAGAAGAUAUCAUCAAAAAAGUGGUAGAACUACUGGGACAAGAACCCAACAAAUCAUUCGAUUGCACUGGAAUCGAAUCCUGUAUCAGGAUUUGUGUUGCUGCUACUGCGGCCAAAGGUUGCGCGGUAUUAGUAGGAAUGGGAAAGGUAGAAAUCAAUCUUCCUUUGAGUAAAGCUUUGGCGAAAGAAGUAGACAUCAGAGGUAUCUUCAGAUACGCUAAUGACUAUCCUACGUCUAUUCAAAUGGUACAAUCUGGUAAGAUAAACGUGAAACCUCUGGUAACUCACCAUUAUACACUAGAAGAAACGUUGAAAGCCUUUAAUACCGCUCACACGCAAGAAGGUAAUCCCAUUAAGGUACUUAUACACGCUAAUCCGAACUGGAAACCAUCUUAAUUUAGUUCUAUGAAUUUUGUUUUAAAUUUUUGACGCAAAAUAAUUAUUUAAGUAUUUUUUUAAGUAUUGUUGUAUUACUGUUAAUACAUUUUUUGUCUGA